GAAGGCUCAGUUCACCGAUCAAAUGUCUUUGCCUUCCCACUUGUUUAAAUAUCUGUGUUCUUGUGGUCAGGCUCAAUUCCCCAACCGAUAUGGACCCAUGAAACAGGUGGCACGAAAGUCGAAAACUUUCCAUUAUCGUUUGUAGAUAUAGGCGGGCGGCAAGGGCAAGGUGUUCAAUUAUUAAGGAGAGACGAUGGAGAAGAAGUUCCUUACGGUGGCGCCUUUCGAGUGCGCUUGGCGAAAUGAUUUGAAGUUCCGGGAAGCUGGGAGGGGCUGCGUGGCUUUUGAAGCGUUUGCUCACAAUGAUGUCACGCUGGUGUUCCGGGAGAACGUGGGAAGUCAGCACUAUCAUUACAAGAAAGAUAAUUGUCCUCACUACACUGUCAUUUUGGGUAGUCAUAGGAAUAGGCGGUUGAAAAUUGAGGUGGAUGGGAAAACUGUGGUGGAUGUGGAGGGUGUUGGUCUCUGUUCUUCCUCUGCAUUUCAGAGCUAUUGGAUCAGUAUCUGUGAUGGUUUGAUCAGUAUUGGCAAGGGAAGGUACCCUUUUCAGAAUCUUGUCUUUCAGUGGCUAGAUUCGAAUCCGAAUUGUAGUGUUCGUUAUGUUGGCCUUAGUAGUUGGGAUAAACAUGUUGGGUAUAGGAAUGUCAGUGUAUUACCUUUAACUCACAACCAUAUAUCCUUGUGGAAGAAUUUGGAUUGCAAGGAGUACAUGCAUGAGGAAGCUGGCGAAGAGGAGUUGGAGGAUGAACGAACCGGGGGGCUUGAAAAUUUUCUUGAGAGCUGGGAACUAUCUGAUGUUCUUUUCGUUGUUGGUCCAGAAGAAAGGCAUGUACCAGCUCACAAGCCUAUUUUGGCAGCAUCUGGGAAUUUCCCUAUAUCAUCAGAAGACGUUCUCCACCUAAAGGGGAUAACUUACCCCGUUCUCCAUGCUCUACUUGAAUAUAUUUACACAGGUCGAACCCAGAUUUCAGAAUCGCAGCUUAGUUCCUUGAGAGCUCUAGGUUUACAAUUCGAAGUGAUUUCAUUAGUGAAGCAAUGCGAGGAGUCCAUGGAAAGAUUCAAGCUAAAUAAAAAGCUGUUUGACUCGGGCAAAUGUGUAGAAUUAUCAUACCCAUGCAGUAGGCCACAGUGUUGGACAGCCUUCCCGUUUGGAGUUCCCAUCAAUGUCCUGAGGCUUAGGCAAUUGCAUUCAACUAACAAGUACAGUGAUGUUAACAUCUAUAUUGAAGGUCAUGGCCUUAUUGCCCAGUCGCAUAAAAUUAUUCUCAGUUUAUGGAGUCUCCCAUUUGCAAAGAUGUUCACAAAUGGAAUGUGUGAAACAAUUUCCUCAGAGGUUCUUUUGAGAGACAUAUCACCAGAAGCGUUUCAAGCUUUGCUUGAGUUCAUGUAUAGUGGGGAACUCAAUUUAGAAGCUACCAUGGAUUCUGGUGCCUUGUUACUCCAACUUUUUCUGUUGGCUGAUCAAUUUGGAGUCACUCUUCUUCAUCAGGAAUGCUGCAAAAUGCUUUUAGAAUGCCUAUCAGAGGACUCGGUCUGUCUGAUGCUUCAAGUGAUUUCAUCAAUUCCCUCAUGUCAACUUAUUGAAGAAACUUGUGAGACGAACUUUUCUAUGCACUUUGACUAUUGCACAACUGCAAGCAUUGACUUCGUUUUGUUAGAUGAUGCAACCUUUAGAAAUAUCAUUCAGCAUCCAGAUUUGACUGUAACAUCUGAAGAGAAGGUUCUCAAUGCAAUCUUAAUGUGGGGUGCGAAAGCAAAGGAAGUGUGUGGUUGGGAGGUGGUGGAUGAGAUGAUGACAUAUUCAACCGCAGAAGCUCUUUUUGGGGAUAGGCUGCAGACAGUAAAUGACCUUCUACCACUUGUUCGAUUUGUGCUGCUGCCUUUGUCCUUGCUUGAGAAGUUACAGAAGAACAACAUUAGCAGGCAUAUGUCUAUGUUUAAUAACCUUGUCAAGGAGGCCAUCAAUUAUAUCGAGCAUGGAUUGACAAGACCGGAAAACGAGCACAACCUGAGAAUCCAACAUAGGCGAUCUAGUUAUAAGGAGCUCCAGUACAUAUGUGAUGGGGACAGCAAUGGAGUCCUGUACUUUGCAGGUACAUCAUAUGGAAAACAUCAGUGGGUUAAUCCUGUUCUGGCGAAGAGAAUUACAAUUACAGCUAGCAGUCCCCCUUCUAGGUUCACUGAUCCCAAGGUUUUGGUCUCAAGAUCUUACCAGGGAACAUCCUUCGCUGGGCCACAGAUUGAAGAUGGGCGGAAUAACACCUGGUGGAUGGUCGACAUUGGUGCAGAUCAUCAGCUGAUUUGCAACUACUACACCUUGAGACAUGAUGGCUCCAGAGCACACAUGAGAUAUUGGAAUUUCCAGGGAUCUCUGGAUGGGAAGACGUGGACAAAUCUGAGAGUACACGAGAAUGACCAAACUAUAUGCAAGCCGGGGCAGUUCGCAUCAUGGCCAGUUACAGGACCAAAUGCUCUACUUCCGUUCAGAUUCUUUAGGGUUGUUCUGACUGGACCUACAAUGGAUGCUUCAAACCCUUGGAAUUUCUGCAUUUGCUUUUUAGAACUCUAUGGCUACUUCCACUAAUCUAUAACAUCUUACGAAUCUGAUGGGAACCUUCAUUCCCAUUUGUCCAAAUAAUAUCUGUACAUGUAUACGUGUAAUAGUUAAAACUGUUCCAAUAAAUCAAUGGAACUUCAGUUGUUCACCA